GGCAGCACGGUAAGCUUUUGUGUCAAAUCUGGUUGUUCUGUGAACGCGUACAGUCAUUUUUAAUUUACUGUGUGAGUUUUGAGUAAAAUAUUAUAUUUUUGUGGAAGAAUUUCAACAAAAUAAUAUAAAUUUUUUGAAUUUGUUAACGGCUCUUAUAAAAAGUUUAUUGAGACUGGUGAUAAUUUUUCAACAGGUAGGACCACCUUCUUUUGAGCAUUCAUUGAAGCUCAAUUGAAAUUAAGAAUAUAGUUAUUAAGUACGUAGUAUGAAACGUAGUGCUUCAGGAGAUUCACCAACCAGGAGCAAUCAUUUAGGACGGUCUUCACACGGUAGAACAAUUAUGGGACGUGGUUAUGACAAUGGUAGUGGAGUGCCAGGCGAUUCGCCCGAACGCAUGUCACCAGAUCGCCUGCGACGUCGUAUAGGUCGUUCACCAAGUCCACGAGCACGUUACGGUGUUUCACCACAUCGUGAAGAAUACUUACGCGGGCCACCACCAGUGGCAGAAAGGCCAACCUACAAGGUGUUAUGUGUUAGUGCUUUGCAUCCCAAAGCUUCUGAUGAUUUCAUUAAGGAGACAUUGUAUCGUGAAUACAAGAAAUUCGGUGACUUCAGCAUUCGUAUUUCGCAUGAUUUGGAUGAGCGUGUUGCAUAUGUUUGUUUUAGAACAUCUGAGGAUGCGCGUGAAGCAAAACAUCAUAAGCCGCGUAUUGUAUUAUAUGACAAAAUGGCAUUGGUGGAACCAGUUUACGAAUCAUCUUCACAUAAUGAAUACAGGCCUCGUGGUCGUUCGAUUACUCCACCUGACUACGAUCGUUAUCAUUAUCCACGUUCACCUAUGGGUCCUACUGGUCCAAUAGAGCAUCGUCGACCACCGAUCGAUCCGUAUGACCGUUAUGGACCACCAAUGCAUCCGCAUGGUCGUUCACGCGAAUAUCGUGGACCAAUUCAUCACGAAUAUCCACUCCCCCCUCGCGGACCACCAAUGCAUCGUGUACCACCACAUAUGCAUGGACCACCGCCACCACAUCAAUACGCACCUAUGCGUCAUAUGGGACCUCGUCCACAUGUGCCCUAUGAAAAACCGGAGAGUAAGAAAGAUAAAUUUCCCAAUUAUUUGCAUCAUGUACAACCAGAAGAUGACCCUCUUGCCACACGUACUCUAUUUGCUGGUAACUUAGAAGUGAAUAUUUCUGAUGAAGAGUUGCGUCGCAUAUUCGGUAAAUACGGUAUUGUUGAUGAUAUCGAUAUUAAGCGUCCGCCACCAGGUACCGGUAAUGCUUUUGCUUUCGUCCGUUAUCAGAAUUUGGAUAUGGCACAUCGCGCUAAGAUUGAACUUUCCGGUCAAUAUAUCGGAAAGUUCCAAUGCAAAAUUGGUUAUGGUAAGGUAACACCAGCUACGCGCAUAUGGAUCGGUGGUUUGGGCGCUUGGACUUCUGUAACACAGUUGGAACGUGAAUUCGAUCGCUUUGGUGUCAUAAAAAAAAUCGAAUACCAAAAAGGCGAGACAAGUGCAUAUAUACAAUAUGAGACCAUCGAAGCAGCCUCUGCCGCAGUGAAAGAAAUGCGUGGUUUUCCUUUGGGCGGACCCGAACGUCGUUUGCGCACUGAUUUUGCUGAAUUACCUGGAACUACGCCAGCUACACCAUUUAAAUCAAAGAGUUAUGAUGAGGCACCAGAAUAUAGGCGUCCAGAAUAUGACUAUCACUACGAGGAGACACCGCAUUAUGCUCCACGAGGUGGUUAUUCACCUUAUCCACCACGGGGUGGUUAUAGAGGACGUGGUGGUUAUCGCGGUCGUGGACGCGGUUCAUAUCACGUCUAUCACAAUGAUGUUCACCGUCCGAUACAUGGCAGUUCAACAUCAUCUAUGCCACCACCUGCUGGUGCCGAAGACGAAUGGCGUCGUCCGCCAGGCGAUUCAUAUGAGCGUGCACGUUCUGGUUCCCGUGAACCCGGUGCUGAUCGCUCUCGCUCGCGUUCACCGCACAAACGCGCCCAUUCACCGGAGUCGGAUUCGGAUUCGUCAACACGUCGAAACGGCGCAUUGAGUACCGCACGUACUCUGCCUGACAUUGCUCGUAAGUGCACGGUUGUAUGGCAGGGCGCACUCAUACUAAAGAGUUCGCUAUUUCCUGCUAAAUUCCAUAUGACUGAUGGUGAUGCGGAUAUUGUCGACUCAUUAAUGCGCGACGAAGAAGGAAAACAUAAUUUACGUAUUACACAGCGUUUGCGUCUCGAUCCACCCAAAUUGGAAGAUGUGCAAAAGCGCAUUAGCUCAUCAUCAUCACAUGCAAUAUUUUUAGGUUUAGCUUCUUCGGCUGCAACUACGCUGGAGGAUAGCAGCGUGCAAACGCGUCCACUACGAAAUUUAGUGUCGUAUUUAAAGCAAAAGGAGGCUGCCGGUGUUAUCUCACUUUUGAACAAAGAUACUGAAGCCACUGGUGUGUUAUAUGCUUUCCCACCAUGUGACUUCUCUACAGAAUUACUGAAGCGUACAUGCCAGAGUGUAACUGAGGAGGGUCUAAAGGAAGAUCAUCUUGUGGUAGUAGUUGUAAGAGGCGGCACUGCUUAAAAUCGAUAACGCGUAGUUAUUCGCAGAUUUUUGUUUAUAAAUUAUAAAUCACUUUUAGCGCACUGAAAAAAGUGAAUAUGGAAGUACUUUUAUCGCGUCGGUAGUGAAAUUUUAAUAUACCGAAGAGGCAAGGUUGAAACUCGGAAACAAGAAGUUUUGAAUAAAAAUAAGUUAGAUUUAGUGCUUCUGCAACUACAUAUUCAUUUUAUAGAAAGCGAAUAAAAAGUUGAGACCGCUGAUGGCUUAGCAGUCACAAGUUUUUUUGCAACUGAUGAAAGUAUAUACUUUUAUUUUAAAUUAAAUCCUUUAAAUAAUUUAAAUACAAAUUUCAGAAAUAUAAUUAUAUGUACAUAUAUAAUACACUUCAUGUUGACUGUUGGGUUAUACAUAUUUCGGUCAUUCAUAUUUUAUUCGCUUAAAUUAUUCUGUAGUAUUGUGACGCAUUCUCAUUGUGCUACAGCCUAACUUUAUAAGCAUACUUCAUUUUGCCACACAUUAAUAAGAGUCUUUCAAACAAUCAACUAGUUUAAUAAGUAGGUAAGCCCUUACACAAUUUUAUAUUACUUUUUAAAAUGUUCAUGGUUUCAGUUAAAAAAAAAGUGAAUAAGUUGCCGUGGAAAUUUUGUGAAGUUUAAUUUGAUCGUUUAUGAUCCCAUCAAUACGCAGCUGACUAAUGUUUAUAAUUAUAAUUUUUGAAAACUAUAUCAAGCUUACUAAAUUUUUGGUGUAAAGAUAUGAUUCGAACAAAAAGAAAAUUAUAUAAAAUGAACAAAACUAAAUUGUGGUAUGUUUAUACAAAGAAAAAAAAUUAUUUAAUUUUGUACGCGUGGUGAAAAACUGUUAGAUUUUUAACAAAAGUUUGAAUUUGGUGAUGCAGUGUGGCGUUAUGGUAUUGUGUCUAUUUAGCAGUGGUGAGCUCUAUUCUUCAGAAAGUGUAUUUUUUUUUUUUUAAACAAGGUUGGUUACUGAGAAACUUGUUUGUGUUAUUUUGUUUUAUUUGAGUUUGUGUUUUUUACAUAUUGUAUAUACGAAAAAUACCUACCAUGUAUGGUCAAUUGAUUAAUUGUAUUAGAAAUAUUGUUUUGGUUUAAAGAAGCGCAAAAAUUGUCAGUACAAAGUGAAGUUCAAUAUUAACCAUAUCAAAAUAUGGUUCAGUUUAGUUCACAACUUGUGCAGUUCGUCACUUGAUCGCCGUAAAAUUUUCAGUGCCGUUAAGAUGCAAUUCGAAAGUCAAAGUUGGUUAAAAGUGAAGUAUUUGAAAGAAUUGCUGGUGUGGUGUGGUGUGUUGUGGGUGUUUUGUGGAACAUUUUCCAAAAUUAUAAUUGGCUAAACUAACCAACAGCUUCCCGAAAGUGAAUUCUCCUCAAACAUACAUAUGUGGCUAAAAUUCUAUACGAGUUUAAGAGCAGUUUCUACCGUUCUAUUUAAAUUGUUUAAUAUUGCUGAGGCAGCCGCUGUUCAGUGGUACAAUCAAAAGUAGUUAAAACUUUUCUUGGAAACUAAUUUUAACAGUGGUUUUGUAUGGCAUAAUUAAUUCAGUGCUUUAAUGCCUAAAUAGACAAGUUCAAGUUUGUUAUGCGAAUAAAUAUGUUUGCCGCCUACAUAAUGACGCGAGUGCCAAACAAAUGAAAGUGCGUCCGCCAGUGACCUCUUGUGUCAACUUUCUCCAAUGUCUGUGGGUGUAGUAAAUGUUUUUUCGAAGCCAUACUAA